CUGAGUGUUCUGCAGUGUUCAGAUGUGAGUCCUUGACAAUAGAGCCUGUGUUUGUUCUUCUCCAGGAAGUUUGAGAAGGGCAGAAAAGGGGAGAGAAGAAGAAGAAAAGGGGAGGUCGUCGAGCGGAGGGAGAUUACGCAUUGUGAGAACCACGCGCAUUCGCUUCUUGCCAUUGUGGUGACUGAAUUGCUUUCCAGUACCAGGGUAUUUAGCCAAGCAGAUUGUGUUUCUUUACACCCCGAGAUGAGAUCUCUUGACGACGGUUGGUGACAAGUGGCUUGAGGGACAGCAGCAUCACACAAACAGAGACAUGAGCGUGCAUACAAACCACAUCGUAAGAAGAUGGGAUACAGCACUGCCGGGAUCAUGAAUUGCUCUGUUGUUGAAUGAAGAAAUGGUAGCACUGGACCAGUGAUACCUCGAUCCUCUGUCCGCUAACCAUGGGAAGUGUAGAGGAAAUGCACCAAUGGACAGUAAAAAUAAGCAUGUCGAGUGUGUUGGCCAUGGUGACGGUCUUUUCCAUGAUUCCUGGCGGGGUGUUGAGCGAUAUGAGAGGUACUCAGGGUCUGGAAGCCCAACAAUUGGCCCAGGGGUCCGCUCAUCUGCACCGUCGCCUGAAGAGAGGCUGGAUCUGGAAACAGCUGUUUGUCCCCGAGGAAGAUCCCACUCCUCGCGUUAUUGGCCAGCUCAAAUCUGAUUCUGACCGAGGCGAGUUUUCUAUCAAGUACGUAUUAUCAGGAGAAGGCGCCGGAGAUGUUUUUGAGAUAGAUGAGUAUUCCGGUGACAUCCGCACGCUGAAGAAGCUCGACCGUGAGGAAAAGGCCUUCUACGUCCUUCAAGCCCAGGCUAUCAACAGGUGGACCAAUGAACCAGAGGAACCCCAGUCAGAGUUCAUCAUCAAGGUGCAGGACAUCAAUGACAACGUCCCCCAGUUCCAGAACGAACCUUACGUGUCCAGCAUCCCUGAGAUGUGUCCAACUGGCACCACAGUGGCCCAGGUGACAGCCACAGAUGCUGAUGAUCCGAUGUUCGGGAACAACGCCAAGCUCAUCUACUCCAUCCUGCAGGGGGAGCCCUACUUCUCUGUGGAGCCAAAGACGGGGAUCAUUGUAACAUCUUGGCCAAACAUGGACCGUGAAGCCAGGGAGCAGUACCUGGUGGUGGUGCAGGUCAAGGAUAUGCUGGGCCUUAGUGGCGGUUACUCAUCCUCCACCACAGUCACCGUGAGCCUGACUGAUGUCAACGACAACGGACCCACAUUCCAGCACCACCUGUACGCCUUUGCCAUCCCUGAAAAUGCAGCCGUGGGCACAACAGUGGGCAGGAUUAUGGCAGAGGACGGAGACAUUGGCAUCAACGCCAAAAUGACCUACAGUCUGGAGGAUGACCUGGAGGAAAGCUCCACUUUUAUCAUCGAAACAGAUCCGGUGACACAGGAGGGAGUGAUUCUGCUAGCCAAGCCUUUGGACUUUGAAACAAAAAGACGUUUUGUCAUGGCCGCAGAGGCAGUCAAUGACCACGUGGACACUCGCUUUCUGACUUUGGAGGAAUUCAGGGACAGGACAACGCUCAAGAUUGUUGUGGAGGAUGUGGACGAGCCGCCUGUCUUCCUCGAGCCGACGUACGAGUGGAAGGUCCCCGAGAAUGCAGCUGUGGGAACGGUGGUUGGCAGCGUAAGCGCCAGAGACACUGACACAGUCAACAAUCCCAUCAGAUAUUCGAUAGACAAAAGGAGUGACACCACAAAAGCUUUCAAAAUAGACCCAAACAAUGGAACUAUAACCGUCUCUAAAGCUUUGGAUCGAGAGACUUCAGACUGGCACAAUGUGACAGUUGAAGCCAGGGAAACAACGCAGAACCAUUUAUCCUCCUCCGUGGUGGUGUUCAUCAAAGUGCUGGACAUAAACGACAAUGUGCCAAGGCUUGCAAGAGAUUACCAGCCAUAUAUCUGCGAGGGAACACAGGCGGGAGAACUCAUCCAGCUCCUCAGUGCUGUUGAUCCAGACGAGCCAGUGGAGGGUCACCACUUCUACUUCUCCAUGGUCCCCGAGAAGCACAUCAAUCCAAACUUCACUAUCAGAGAUAAUCAAGACAACACAGCCGGCAUCGUUGCACGCAGGAGUACUUUCACCCGCAAGGAUCGGACCCAGUAUCUCCUGCCCGUUGUUGUGACAGAUAGCGGCUCUCCGGCUCUCUCCAGCACCAGCACUUUGACCAUCAAUGUGUGCAGCUGCCAGCCUGCUGACGAUUGUCCCACAGGAGGGGUGAAGGUCCUCACCCUGUCUAUGGGGGUCAGCCUGCAAACACUGUUAGGGCUUCUGGUCUGCCUUGUUACACUAACAGUGCUGUCAAUUCUAAUGCUGAUAGUGAGGAGACACAGGCGCAAGCAGCAGGAGGGACCGGAGGUGGAGGUGAAGGAGUUGGAGCUGCCUGAGACGGUGUCGCAGAAGGUGCUGUAUUACGGAGAACCGGGGGGUUUAGGAGCCGACCUGGACUUCUGCCAGCCCGUCGUCCCGCUGCGCCACCACCCCAGGAGGAGGGAGAGGAGGCUGCGGAGGGAGGAUGUCAGGGCCAGCAUACGAAUGUCCCUCCGAGAGUCUCACCUCAUUGGACCGGAGGACGAGGUCUUCAGGCAGUUUAUUCUGGACAGGCUGGCAGAAGCUGAUGAGGAUCCUUAUGUUCCCCCGUUUGACUGCCUCAGAACCUAUGCAUAUGAAGGGUCAGGGUCACCCACAGGGUCUCUGAGCUCUCUGGAGUCGUUUACUUUGGAGCCUGGACCUGAGCAAAUUCCGGUUUGUAAUCCCAAACCCUACGUGGUUAGACUUACCCCUUGGUAUGGGAUGGGAGAUGAAGACACCGUCUUCUGAGGGGCUCUUCUUUGUCUUCAUAGAUGGCUGUUCUUCUAAUCUUUGCAUGAUGGAUCCGUGCAGCCAAUGAAAACUCAUCAAUAACAUGAAGAUGGAAACCAAAAAAAAACUGGGUCAAGAGUUACGCUUCAAAAAGGGUCAACAUUUCGAAACAUAUGCUUAUUUACUUUCGCGUCUGUAGGGUAAAACCUGUUAACUGAGCUAGGCUAUGUGUACAGUCUGGAAACAAUAUGAAAACGUUAGACAUAACAUCCUAAACAUAGGAAAAAAUUGCAAAACUAUUCCUUGAAUAUCUGGACCUCAGUGCCUUCAAAUCAAAGGAAAGAGCUUUCUCCGUAUACUCACUCUCAUGCAACAAUCAUGUCACGUUGUGGAAGGGACAGAUAUUAUAUAUAUUUUUGUAUAAGGCUUUUCCUGACAAGCAACUUUUUGUGGUUUGCGCAAAUAAUGGCUGUUAAGGCUAUUAAGAAAAUAAGCAAAUUAUCUUUUUGACCAUGACCAAUAACAUUCAAGCUGCAUUAAUUUAUUUUUUUGGCCCUUUGGGGGUCAGUGGAACAAGCUGAAAACACAAUGUUACCAUGCUGUGGAGUUGUUAUGGCAAACGUUCGCAACAACUGCAACUUUUUACACAUUUAGCGGACCCGACAUAAGCAUUAGUUUGUGGUCAUGGUGCAAUAUUCGCUCGCCUUCAAGCUCCAUUUUGUUCUCCACCAACUCCUAAGAAAGAUCAUCCGGUUCCUUAGCUGGUAGCUGUGCCACUACGUUUAGCUAUAGGUGCUUUUGUGCACAAUGUGAAUCUUUCUCUGAAAGCGUCUGCCUGCUGCAGCUGGAAAACAGAUUGCUGAAAGACUUUGCUGGCUGGAAAACCAAAACAAUGAGUUAAAAGAGACUAAAGCGCUCUUCAAGCUGAGGAGAAAUUGAAAGUUUGUGACAGCUUUCUGUUGGUUCAUCGCUACAAACGACCCCCUAACCUUAAUCCUUAAUUACCAUGAGAUGCAUAACAUGCAGCUGUAACCAAGUUCUUUUAGUUUUAAUCAGACUUAAACUAAACUAAAGAAAGGUGUGGUGAGUACUCAAGCACACAUAGCUAGGCCAAAAACUUUGUUACCUGGAUGAACUCUUGCGUUCUCUUAUUCACAACAGGCCGCUGUGUUUACUGCGGACUGUUUUCUUGCUCCACCCACACUGAGAAUUAGUCACUAGUGAAUGCCGGUGGUUAGUGUAUGACCAGUUGUUGACUCGCAAGCUGGUAAAGUUUCUUUGGCGGAUGUUUGCAACUCACAAUCUGAAGUACGAAAAAGCACCUAUGGAGAAUAAGUAUAUGUUGACAUAACUGUCAUUGACUUCAUGAACAGGUCUGAAAAUUCAUGCUUUUAUUUUUACAGUUAUUACAGUGUGACAAUAUUACAUUUAUUGUAUAAUACCUGCAGUAUUACUGAUACUAUUUGUAAUGUUAUUCAGUUGUUAUUAUGUUACUGUUUCAUAUUUGUCAUUAUGGCUCAUAACAGUGUCUUCUGUAUUUGUAUUUUACAUUAUGAAAUUAUAUAAAUUAAUGUAUACCCCCUUGUUUAUGUGUACGGCGACAUAUUUUUCUAAACAGAUUUAAAUUUCCCCGACGAGCCCAUAUACAGAAGAGUAUCUAUUAAAUAUCAACAGUUUGACAUGCAGUAUGCCGUGUGAUAAGUCUUUUCUGCUUUUCGUCGAAGUCGCCCAGAGACCAUAUCACACUACACAUGUCGGCCAAUCAGCAGAGAGCAGAGAGAGCACAUGGCAGCGAAAACUCUCAGCAAAGUAAGGUUAAAAGAGGAAGGGGGGAAAAAAAAAUAAGUUAGCCGAGGCUUGAUUUGAAAUGUAUGAGGGAAGUGAAACUCUUGAGAAACAUGAAAAAAGGGCAUAAUAUACAGCGCUCGUCUUUCUUCUCUCUUCACGGUCAUUUACAGGAUUAUCGGCAAACGCUAGAUGCUCACUGGUAGUUGUGUGGGUGGCUGCUCGAGGGGUAACUUGAGGUAAUUGUAUAGGGAUGAGGUCCAGCCCCCUGCACCUUCUCAUCCACUAAUUGGACCAUUUGCUGUCUGUGAAGGUCAACACUUGGACCAGAGAGGAUAUAGUUCUCACUGAAGAAGAAGAAGAAGGAGAAGAAGAAAAAGGAGAAAUUCAUACACAAACCUAUUUGGAAAGUAGCUGGAAUGCCUUGAGGUAAGAGACAAUAUGAGAGGAACAACUAAUUGCUUGAAUCUAUUCAGCUUUUUCUUUCCUCGCCGUGGUUACUUGUGCGAGGAGGUGCACCACUCAGCAGGACAAUUUCCAGACAUCACUGCAGCUCAAAGUGAGCUUCAAAUAGCUUUCACUGUUGGAAACAAUCUGUCCGGCCAGUGCUUUUUAGACUAAAUCAUUGUCUCGCAAUGACGUCUAAAGACAGAGGUGUUCACAAAAAUGGUCCUUUUUCAAGCCAAUCUUUGCGGUCCAACAUGUACGGUAUUGGAUUUGCCCAUAAAGACUCUAAGGUUCUAAUUCCUUUUUUUUUUUCAAAAGAACCUUAAUGUCAAAAGUCAUUCAGCUCUUGGUGUCAUUUAACCUUCUGAAUUUCUGUCAUUACCCAUGGUGAAUAUCACGGGUAAUUUAACCUAACAGCCCUUUUCUUUGUGUAAUUAUACCCAUUACAGCAACGUGAAGGAUUUCACUCCGUCAACUGUCUCUGUCCUCUGCUCUGCUCGCGCAGGUUAUAGAUUCAGCUCUUCUUUUCAAACAUGGUGCCAAACUCAUCACAAAGCGCCACAAUGCUCACUAGAGGGUCUAACCCUCUCAUUUUCCCAGACGGCAAGCUGAUUGAAAAGAUGCCUGAAAGGAUUUUUAAGAGCCAUUUUUGAAAGAGAGAGAGAGAGGAAAAAAAAAAUCAUUAACAACAUGUAUGCCUUAAGGUUUGGCUGAAGAGAAAUCAAAUCAUGUUCAUUGUAAUGUGAACAUAAAUAUAGAGUAUGGAGGACUUGGACGUGAUUCUGAGAACUACAAUAGUGUAUUAGUGUAUGUA